AUGUGUGUCAUCAUCGUGGACGCUGCUCUUAAGCGCGAGGACAAGGACGGCAGCAGGAUCGAGAAGCGAAUUUGUGAAUCUUGCAUUGCCUGGUCCGCUCUGAUGAGAGACAAGGACGGCCGCAGGGCACGACGCUCGAUCCGCAAGGAGGUGUCGCUGCGAAGUGACUCUGACGCUGAGGAGGGAGCGGCGGUCAUGACGCCCCCGGACUCUGCAGUGUCAUCGGACUUCGAGACAGACGUCUAG